AGGGUAUGAUCCGGUGUUUAUUACUACUUUUAUCUGUUCGAUUUGUUGUUUCUGCCAUGGUAAUAUGGCCGGAGCCCAUGGAAGAUGAAGCAACGUUGAGCAAGCCGAAACCCACGACAUGGAAAGAAAAGAAUCUUGGACAAUGGUGCCGGAACUACACAAUCAAUCAACACAUCCAAUGCCCUCAAGCAUCUGCCUUUCACCAGUUCAAUUGCUGCGGUCUACACGACACUGAAUGCUGUUUUGCAUUGCAGGGAUGGCUGAUUGUGGUGCUCUCGAUGUGCUCAUUCGCCAUUGCAGCCUGCCUUCUAUUCUACCUUUUCCUGAAGUUUCAACUAAUUUGCGUUGAACAUCGAUAUCCGCCCAAAGUCAUUUAUCUUGAUGCAAAAUGUUGAAUUUGCUAACUACUUCACCUAUCUGAUGAUCUUCAAUCAGUCUGUCCCCGGUGAAGAGUACGGGUCACACAUAAAUAUAGCGAAACUGCUCACCAUCAUUUUAUUCUAAGUUCUUACAUUUGGACACUAUCUGAGUGUUCUAUAAUCUUUACUAGGCCUUUGCCAGACUCGCUUACGCUCAACUCUUUUUUUUAUUGUUCACUUUUUAAAUCGCUAGGAUAGAAACUUCUGUAACACUAAUACCGCAUUUCUUUCCUUUAUUAGAUUCACUCAAUAGCAUUCCAUUGUUUUGAUGUAUUCACGGGUGAUGCACCAGUCAUUCUAUUCCUUUUUUAUGUGCCUAACUUACACAGUCAUAUAAACUUUCUAUGCAAAAUAAACACCGA